AUGGGCAUUGACUUCUGCGACUCCACCCAGGCGGCCAACUUCCAGCUGUGCACCCACACACGCCACUUCUACGUCUCCAUCCAGCCGCCCGUGGGCGAGCUCAUGGCCCCCGUCUUCAUGAGUGAGAACGAGUUCAAGAAGGAGCAGGGGAAGCUGAUGGGCAUGAGCGAGAUCAUGGAGAAGCUGACGCUGCCCAAGAAAUGCCGGAGUGACCACGCCAUCGUCCAGCAAGUGACCUCAGCUGCCAACGUGGGCCGUGUGCCCUGCGGUGCUGACAGCGAGUACAGGUUCGCGGCCAAGACGGUGACAAGUGGGAGCCUGGUGCUCAUCACCUUGGAGCGUCGGGAAGGCGCCGCCGCCCAGCUGACUGUCAACAGCGAGAAGAUGGUCAUCGGCACCAUGCUGGUCAAGGACAUCAUCCAAGCCUUGACGCAGUGA